AUGCCGGAGUCAUACGUGAAAGCUGUUCUCCUUUUUCUAGUCCUGUGUGGUAUACAUCUUGUCAAGGAUCUGUGUGAACUUGGCAAAGAUCUGUGUGGUAUACAUCUUGUCAAGGAUCUGUGUGAACUUGGCAAAGAUCUGUGUGGUAUACAUCUUGUCAAGGAUCUGUGUGAACUUGGCAAAGAUUUGUGUGGUAUACAUCUUGUCAAGCAUCUGUGUGAACUUGGCAAAGAUCUGUGUGGUAUACAUCUUGUCAAGCAUCUGUGUGAACUUGGCAAAGAUCUGUGUGGUAUACAUCUUGUCAAGCAUCUGUGUGAACUUGGCAAAGAUCUGUGUGGUAUACAUCUUGUCAAGCAUCUGUGUGAACUUGACAAAGAUCUGUGUGGAUUAUAUAUUGUCGAACCCGUAUCUAAAGCCUUUGUUAAAAUCUUUGUACUGUGA